AAAUAAAAACAAAAUAAAUAAAAAAAAUAAAUAAAUAAACAAACAAUAAACUAAAAAAUGUCAAAGUUAUUAAUUGCAGUCCUACUUUGCUUAGCAAUCAUCACUCCCACUGUCCUUUGUGAUGAUUCAUAACAAAAUAUCUCAGUCCAAGACUUAUUAGCUUACAAUAAGUGGAGACAAAAACACCAAAGAGUCUAUUUGAAUGAAGAUGAACAACUCUACAGACAACUUGUUUUCUUUGAGAACCUUGCUAAAAUCAACUCUCAUGCUUCCAAUACCGAAGCUACUUUCACUGUUAGUUUGAACUAGUUCUCUGACUACACUCAAGAAGAAUUUAAACACAGAAUCCUCAAUAAGAAGCUCGGUUAGAGAUCUACUCCCAGAGAAGCUGUUGCCGAAUAACCCCAUUUACUAGGUGCUUCUAUUGCUACAUCUAUUGAUUGGAGAACUAAGCCUAAUGUCUUAAACCCUGUUAAGGACUAAGGACAAUGUGGUUCUUGUUGGACAUUUGGUGCUGCUGGUGUUAUGGAAUCAUUCAAUGCUAUCAAGAAUGGUGUUCUUAAAAAAUUCUCUGAACAAUAGUUGGUUGAUUGUGUUCACUAAGCUGGUUAUGUUUCUGAUGGUUGCAACGGUGGUUUCUAAGAAGAUGGUGUCAAUUAUGCCAUUAAGUACGGUAUUGUCUAAAGUUCUUCUUAUCCAUACACAGGUGUUGGUGGAAGAUGCAAGAUUACUUCUCCCACUUCUCCUUCAGUUGGAUUCUAUCCCAAGUCAUUCUAAAAGGUUGCUUAAACCUCAAGUGCUUUGAAGGCAGCUCUUAACUUAUAUCCAGUAACUGUAUCUGUUGAUGCUUCUAACUGGAGUUCCUACUCUGGUGGUAUUUUUAACAACUGUGGUCCUACUACUGAUCAAGAUCUUAACCAUGCUGUUAUUGCUGUUGGUUAUGAUGCUUAAGGAAACUGGAUCAUCAGAAACUCAUGGAGUGCUUAUUGGGGUGAAAAUGGUUACAUUAGAUUAGCUCCUGGUAACACUUGUGGUGUUCUAUUAGAUAACUUGUAUGUUACUGCUUGA